CUGGUCCUGAACCCCCAGGUUGUGGAGCAGACCACCUACAUGGAGGACCGGCCCCUGUUCCUGCUCACCUGCGCCUACGAGGAGAACUGCCUGUCCUCAAGCUCCGCCCCCCCCGGGGUGGGCGGGGCUUCCCCCCCCGGAGUGGGCGGGGCUUCCCUCCCCGGGGCCCCCACCGGGGCCCACAGGCGCCUACUGCGUUUCUCCUCCCAGAUCCACAACAACGGGCAGUCCGACUUCAGGCCCAAAGCCGACCGGAACGCCUGGGUCUGGCACGACUGCCACAGGCAUUACCACAGCAUGGACGUGUUCACCAUCUACGACCUGUUCAGCCUCAACGGAACCAAAGUGGCCGAGGGACACAAAGCCAGUUUCUGCCUGGAGGACUCCGAGUGCGACGAAGGUAUUGAAAAGAGGUACGAGUGCGCUAACUUUGGGGACCAGGGCAUCACGGUGGGCUGCUGGGACACGUACAGGCACGAUAUCGACUGCCAGUGGAUCGAUAUCACCGACGUCAAACCGGGGGACUACAUCUUCCAGAUCGUGAUUAAUCCGAACUAUGAAGUGGCCGAGUCCGACUACACCAACAACAUCAUGAAAUGCAGAUGUCGGUACGAUGGUUAUCGGGUCUGGAUGUACAGCUGCCAUAACGGCGGCUCGUUGAGCUCUGAAACAGAGGAAACUUUUCCCGGCCUGCUUAGCAACCAGGUGACCCACAGGUAG